UAUCCAUUAGUGACGCGGAGCCUUCUGGUUCGAGUGAGCUGCCGUGACCGAGAGGAGGCAAGGAGCCACAGCAGCCAUGGCUCCCGCCACUUCCACCUCCCCGCUCUCCCGCCUCCUGCUCAGCCUCCCCAAGCCCAACCCCCAGCCGCCCCUCUGCGCCCAGGCCCCGAGCGCGGACUCCGGCGCUGGCGCCAGCAGCAAGAGCCUCGUCCUCCGCCGGCGCGAGGCCGCGGCAGCCGUCCUGUCCGCCGCUCUCAUCUCACGCGUCGUCCCCGCAGCGGCCGCCUCAGACGAGUGCGCGCUCGAGGCUACCCCCUCCGGCCUCGCCUUCUGCGACCGCGUCGUCGGCACCGGCGCCGAGGCCGUCAAGGGCCAGCUCAUCAAGGCGCACUACCGGGGGAUGCUGGAGGACGGCACGGUGUUCGACAGCAGCUACGGCCGCGGGAGGCCGCUGACCAUCAUGGUGGGCGUGGGGGAGGUGAUCAAGGGGUGGGACCUGUGCAUCGCCGGCGGCGAAGGGAUCCCGCCGAUGAGAGUCGGUGGGAAGCGGAGCCUGAGGCUGCCGCCGGAGCUGGCCUACGGGGAGAAGGGGGCCGGGUGCAGGGGGUGGGAGCCCACGUCCUGCGUCAUCCCGCCCAACUCCACGCUCCUCUUCGACGUCGAGUACGUCGGCAGGGCAUCCUCCUGAUCGACCUAUCCAUCUAUGUAUCCUUCAUCUGGACUUGCAUAUGUCAUCAGUCGGUCGUAGAGGUCUAGAGGAUUCGUCCAUCGAUGGACAUAUAUAUAUAUGUGGAGCCAGCAAAGACCGUGAAUCCUCAGAUCAAUAUACAGAACUUGUUUA